AUGUCUUCAUCACUUAUACAGAAGCAUGAUAUGUCCAAUACUCUAUGCCAUGUUGUAACUCCCAUUGGAAUGCUGGGUUAUGGCUUCGACGAAAGACAGAUUACCCCAGUCCUUUCGAGGCUUGUGCAUACUGGUACACCGACUGCCAUCAUCCUGGACUCUGGCUCGACAGACAGCGGGCCAGAGAAGCUCGCUUUAGGAAUUAUGACGUGCCCGCGUUCAUCAUAUCUCAGAGACUUGGUAAAGCUCAUGAAACUGGUUACAACGUUUCGAGUUCCUUUGAUCUUCAGCUCUGCCGGUGGAGAUGGAUCCGAUGCGCAUGUACAGGAGAUGCUUGACAUUAUUGGAGAAAUCGCAGCGAAAGAUGAGUUCAGUGAUAUUCAGCUCAAGGUUAUAGCAGUAUUCGCCGGCAUCGACAAAUCGCUGGUGAAGGACCGAUUGAAUAAAGGGGCGAUUGCGGGAUGCGGAAAGUUUGUACCCCAACUAGCAGAGGAGGAUAUUGAACAAUCAUCCACCAUCAUGGCUCAGCUGGGUCCAGAGCCUUUCAUUGAUGCUAUGACAGCCAAUCCAGACUUCGACAUCAUCGUCGGAGGCAGGGCAUACGAUCCAUCGCCUUACGUCGCAUAUGCUGCAUUUCUGCAUCAGUCCCACUCGGAAGCUCCGAUCCACGAGCACAAGAAACUUAUGUUUGGCGCUUUUACUCACAUGGGUAAGAUACUGGAAUGCGGUGGACAAUGUGCCAAGCCAAAGAGUGCCGGUGCCAUAGGUACUUUAUACACCAAUGGAGAGUUCGACAUCUCGCCGAUAGACCCCAAAGCAUGCUGUACGCCUUUGUCGGUGGCUGCGCACACGUUGUACGAGAAAACAAGACCCGACCUCCUCUAUGGACCUGGGGGCCACUUGGACUUGACGAAAUCAAUCUACACACAACUUGGGGACGACCGGACCGUCAGGGUAUCCGGAAGCUCCUUCAUAUUUUCAAGAGAUGAAGACCGGCCUUACACUCUCAAACUCGAAGCCGCCAAAGUCGUGGGAUAUCGGACAAUGUAUAUGGGAAGCAUCAGAGACCCCAUACUAAUCAACCAACUGGAUAAUAUUCUCCAACUUAUCAAAAGCUACGUAGCAUCUCAACAUGCCGGCACCUCUGGCAAGUGGGAGCUUGAUUUCCACAUCCACGGGAAGAAUACUGAGGAAGUCUUCCUUGUUGGAGAAGCACUCGCAGAAUCACAAAGCCUAGCUACAUCCAUUGCUUCCACUGCCAGAGUUGCAACAAUACACGGGCCUUAUGCCGGCCAGAAGGCAACUUCGGGGAACUUCGCAUUUGGUCUUGGGGGCAAGCUCGAGGUUGAGAUGGGGCCAUGCUCACAAUUUUCAAUGUAUCACCUCAUGGACCUUGAUGAUGGUGAAGAGGGCCUUUGCGCCGUGCCCAGCUCACUAUCACCAGACAUGGGCGACGGCCAGAAACUCAGACUGGACAUAAGGCAUAGCGUCUCCUUCAUUGGGAGCGGAAAGCCCCUCUCAGCCAUGGAGCCAUUUCAUUUACCAACACAACAAGGGAAGAAUGGGGAGAUGAUUGAUGAAAGUCCCAUAUCAUCCCAAGUGAAAGGUCCGCCAGUGGAAGAACGGCCUGCGAGUACUAAACUCGGCGACCUGGCACGCGUGCUACGGUCGAAGAAUGCUGGGCCGUACGAGAUUACAUUUGACGUCAUCUUUGACUCAACUGGUGUGUACUCCAAGGUCAAGGGAUCUGGUGUGUUGAAACCGAAGGCGAUAGCAGAUGCCUUCGGUUUGGCGGAAGACAAGAUCAUCUGGUGUGGGUUCUUCGACCCAGCGCUGGCUUUCAAGGUCACCAUUCCGAGAAUCCGGAAUGGCCAAGUCGUCGCUGCGGGUGGCUUCAUGGAAAAUGAUGUGCAUGGGUCUCAGCAGUAUCUCCCAUUGUUCAACAUAGAUGUCCAGGAACAGCUUCUGUGGGACCUGGAGGUAGGCUCUCUUGAUCGUGGAUGUGGUGUCUCAUAG